AUGACGCCGCUCCUUGACCUCUUGCACCGCUUUGACGACUACGUGACGGCGCAAUUGGCCUCCAACGCAUUCACAGCCAACUUGCUCACGACGCCCACUUCCAAGCUCAUAACGGAGGCCCUCAUCAUCGUCUUCAUCUUACUAUCGAGCUACGAGGUGGUGUAUUGGAGCGGGAUAUACUUGCGGUUAUGGGAGUACCACGCCAAGGACAUCUUUCCCGAAGUGCCUGUGCACUGUGCCCACAUCAAUAUUCGCCUCAACGUGAUCUCCGCUGACAAGGUAUCGAAAUUGAGCGAGUAUUGCGAACUAAAGAGGAAAUUUUAUAGUAAUAUCAUAUAUUGGAAACAGUUGAAUUCAAUCAGUGAUGACUUGUUCGCAUUGGAUCAGUUUGUCCGGUUUUAUUUUGAGUUUAGUCCCGAGGAUUUCGAGAUGAACAAGGAGCCUGAGUACGGCUCGACUAUUAGUCAUUUGCGGCUCAAGGUGUUGAAGUUGUUUAAUCUGGCGGAGCUGUUUGCAAGUUUCGAGAGGGGCCAUGUGGCUCGCGAUGAUGUUAAGAUUUUCAAUAAUAAGAACGAGGAGGUGCCGGUGAGUCUAAACGAGGAGUACUUGAGCAAGUGCAACAUUGAAACGGGCAACGUCAUAGAUGUGGUGGUUGUGGUAUGA